GGAGGGAGCAGGGGGCUGAGCUGAUCCCACGUGUGACGCUUUCAUUCCCGGCUCAGUAAUAUUCUCAUAGCGGGGCUUUGCAUAUCUCCUGCCGUAUCUGUGUGUGUCUGUCACUGUGACUGUAGUCCCAGCCUAUAGUUUGAAAUAGAUAUGGAAGGAGACGGGAGUCAAGCCACAUCCGGAAGCCUAAAUGAUUCACAACAUGACCCGGGUAAAAUGUUUAUCGGUGGCCUCAGCUGGCAAACCUCACCAGACAGCCUUAGAGACUAUUUUAGUAAAUUCGGAGAAAUAAGAGAAUGUAUGGUGAUGAGAGACCCCACGACAAAACGCUCAAGAGGAUUUGGGUUUGUUACGUUUACAGAUGCUGCCAGUGUAGAUAAAGUCUUAGCUCAACAACACCACGAAUUAGACUCAAAGACGAUUGAUCCUAAGGUUGCCUUUCCCCGUCGCGCCCAGCCUAAGAUGGUCACAAGAACAAAGAAAAUAUUUGUGGGUGGCUUGUCAGCCAAUACAGUAGUGGAAGAUGUGAAGCAGUAUUUUGAACAGUUUGGGAAGGUUGAUGAUGCCAUGCUUAUGUUUGAUAAGACUACUAACAGACAUAGAGGAUUUGGUUUCAUAACUUUUGAGAGUGAAGACAUCGUAGAGAAAGUCUGUGAAAUUCAUUUUCAUGAAAUCAAUAACAAAAUGGUAGAAUGUAAGAAGGCCCAGCCCAAGGAGGUGAUGUUCCCACCAGGUACACGAGGGCGAGCCAGGGGUCUGCCCUACACCAUGGAUGCCUUCAUGCUGGGGAUGGGCAUGCUGAGUUACCCUAAUAUUGUGGCAACGUAUGGCCGCGGAUACACUGGAUUCGCACCCAGCUACAGCUACCAGUUCCCUGGCUUCCCAGCGACAGCAUACGGACCGGUGGCGGCAGCAGCGGUAGCAGCAGCGCGUGGCUCAGGUAGGGGGGCCCGUGGAAGAGGCGGCUACUUGGCGUACCCACAGAGCACAGGGCCAGGCCUCCCCGAUUAUGGGUUUUACUCUGCGCCCAGUGACCAGAGGGGGGGGCCCUGCUCCUUUGCUGACUAUGGCUCCCUGGGGCCCCAAGCGGCUCAGAUGCUGCACAGUGAGCAUGCCACCUCCGCCUGCAACUCCCCCCUCCAGCACCUACACAGCCCGGAUCAAUUUAAGAACCCAGGCACCAACCCGUCAAGGCCCGGAGGUUUCCCCGGUGCUAACAGUCCAGGGCCUGUGGCUGACCUGUACGGCCCCAGCAGCCAGGAUUCGGCUGUGGGCAACUACAUCAGUGCUGCUAGCCCUCAGCCUGGCUCUGGGUUUGGUCCCAGCAUCACAGGCCCGUUGAUUGCGACAGCUUUUACAAAUGGAUACCAUUGAGCAGGUGGCCGGUUGCCAUCUCAUCAGAGCAGAGUAUAUCUGGUGGCCCAGGAAAGACAGGACGAAGUUUCUAAUUGGCUUUGUGUGCAGGUGAUGCUAUCCAACUUCAAGCACUACAGCGUCACCCAGGCAAAAAGAACGAAAGACGGAACCAUAUGAAGAAGAAAAGAAAACGUUAGUCAUCUCAGAAAAAUAACAACUGCUGUACUAUAAUCCAAACCUCCUAUAACUUUACAACCUGGUUUGGUAUGAUGUUUCACGUCGAUUUCAUUCACCUAUUUCCUUCCUCUGUUAGCUUUUGUUUUAAUUAGUUUUUAGGAAGUCAUUUUAGUUUGACCUUAAUUUUGUGUCAUUUUAUUUUCUCUGAUAGUAUAUUUGUGUAAAUGGAUUUUGUUUUUUUUGGUUUUGAGGAACGGGGGUCAUAGCCAAGAAUAUCUGCAAGUCAUGUCUUCAUCUUUGUAUCAGUUAGUGUAAAGGAGAAACGAUUGGAUGUUCCAGUCUUUCCGCAAAAAAAAAAAGAAGCUUGGUGUGGAGAGACUCAGAGAAAAAAAAAUUAAAUUUUAAGGAAAAUUUAAAGAGGGUAUCUAAGUAAUAAAUCUUAGUAGCUGUUUUAUUUCUUGUGAUGUCUCAUUGUUAACCAUAAUUACCUAUUUUUGGGCAAUACAAAGAGGACUCCAAUAUUUUUAUGGUCCUUUUUUAUAAGUGUUGUUUUUGUUGUUUAGAAAUAUAUAUAUAUGCUAUAACAAAUUUCAUAUAACUACAUUGUGAAUUCAAACUUGAGAAAAAGAAAUGUAGCUGUACAUAUUAUUCCAGUCACUGCAUAUAACCAACUCAGUGAGAGAAUAGCAUAUUUUUGUGAUGGUGUGUCAAAAGAACAUGUUAUAGCGUGUGAAUAGAAGAAAAAGCUGUAAACAGUUAUUAUUAUACUUUUUUCUGCUGGAAGACGGUAUAAUGACCCCACAGACAAACAGAACACACUUGCUCUGUAAAUACUGAAGCUGAAAUAAUUUUACAAAGUGUCAUACCAGCAAAUUUACAAACGGCGAGUUAAGUCAACACAGUUUUAAGAAAUAACAAAAAAAAAAGAGCCUGAUUGGUAUCUUUUGUCUAACUGUCAAGAUAUCAGUAUCAUUUCAAAGAGAGAGAGAGAAAAAAGACGAUUUAAUCCAAAGCACACUGUACUUAGAUGUGAAGAUUAGAACUUGAACCAGGCAUUUUACAGUGCUCUGUGCAUCCUGACACUUUUAUACUCUUGAGAGGAACUUGUUAGUUGUAUGUUAUUGUUUGUUUCAUCCUGCUUGUUCCUGAUUCAUUUUUGGAACACAAUAUCUGGGCUCUGUGCUAGAGCCUUUAUGUAACGCUUGUUCUCUGAAUCGGUUCUUUUUUGAAUGAAUUAGGAAAGUAAACAUUUUGAUACCAUACCUCAGCCUUUGUGAGUUCUAUUGUGGAAUCAUUGGCAGGUUUAAUUUAUUCUAGUGGCAAAAUAACUGAAAACACUGAAAGGUAAUAAAGCGAGUAAUCAUUGCACUGUGAGUAGUAAAGUACAGGCCAUUUUCCUAUUUGCACAUGUAUAUGUUGGCUUUUUAAAAACGGCCCUGUGCUUUUGGAUAGUAUGAAGGAUUUUUGGGGUUAAUGUAUUCUCGACUAGACAAACACUUCAAGGUUUUGAGGUGAGUUAACAGCUUGGGAAAUAGUAACUGAUAUGUUGCAGUGUACACUUGGAUUUCUUUAUAUAUUAGACCCAUGUCUCAUCUAAAGAUAUUUAUACAGGGUCAAAAAAUGACACUGAAUUAUUCACUAUCUGUCACUGCACCAGGUUUUACACAGUAUGUGUGGUAAAUGAUUUUACUCAUGACAAACAUUUAAUAAUGAUAUAAUAUGCUCCAGAGUGCAGUCCGGUUUUUAAAGUCACUGAUGGAAUGAAUGGUGUGUAUUCUGAAAUACUUUACCUGCUGCAGGUGUAUUUUGUUGUUUUCAUUUGACCCACUUCUUGUCUGAUUUCUUUUUAUUUAAAAACAACCAGGUAAAGAAAUAUGCUGGAUACUUCUAAAGUAAAUGAUACGGAGGUGUGGUAAAGUAAUAAUUUAAAGAGUAAAGAAAAAAAAAACCCUUGUAAUGUUCAAAUGUAAAAGAAAAUAAGAAAUACAAAACUAUAAAAAAAGAAAGAUGCUUCUUUGCUGAUUUCAAGUUUAAUCAGAGUUUUAUUGAUACUUUGUGGUUUAUAUAUUAAUAAUUGUAAUAUACUAUUAAAAUGUACUGUGCAUCCAUUGCUUUCUCUCUUUCCAUUCCCCAUCCUCAGAGAUCCUACUUCUUUUGUUGAUCAUUCAUGUAUUUCAUUAGUGUGUAAAGAAAUCACAGUUAACUUGUAAACAGAGUGCUGUCUUUGAUACCAGUGUAGUGGUCUUUGUUGUUCUCCCUUGCUCUACCUCUCCUUUCUCUCAUAUUUAUCCCUCUCCCUCUCGCGCUCUUUUUCUAUCUCCUGUAAUUACAAAGUAGAUGUUAUAUAGGACUCAUUAAUAUAAUACUUGUAGUGAAUAGUGGAUUUAGGACCAGUCAAGAUAGACCUUUCUCUAAAUGAUCAUGUUAUUCUGAUAUUUGCAGACAAUUAUUUUGAUAGAGGUUCAUUGUAAUUUAUUCCCUGUAUGUUUUAUUUUUUGGUUUUUGCCACUCUCACAUGGUUUCAGCUAACCAAAGCUCUCAUGGAUGAACAAUAGAGAAACAGUUGCUGUAAGAUGGAAUUGUUCACAAGGCAUUAUUUGGAUCCCCACCCUUGAAUGUUUUAAAAGGGGUGUGCCAUACUACCUUAAAUGCUAACGCUAGAUAUGCAAAACUUUUGUUUUUGAUUAUUUUUUAAGAGGGGACACAAGCUAUAAUCAUGGAAAAAGAUUUUAUGUAAGAGAUAUUUCAUAUUUUUUUAAGAAACAUACCAAUGAUUACCACAGUAGUCAUACUAUCAGUCAUAGUGCUGUUAUAUCUUUUAACGUUUGUACUCUUCUCCCAGGUGCCAGGCACUGUUAUUUUUAGAUGAUACUGUUUUUGAUCUCUUAUCUCUCUCAAAAUCUUUACCAAUAAUUCUAAUAAUAUUAAUCUUAGAUUCUGGGAACUAGUUUUUGUUUUAAUCUGUUAUCAGAUGUUCACACGUAUUGAAAUUGUAGAGGCGAUAAUGUAGAAAAAAAAAAAAAAAAGACCACUGCAAAGGACUCCAUUAAACAGAAAAUCUCUGGCUCUAGAGGAUGAUUAGCAGGUGUUUAAAGGAUGAGGUAUGUGUGUCCAGGCUAGUUAUUACAUGGUUAAAUUUGGGUCCUGAUGUUUGACCAGCACCCUAAAGCUGUGAUUCACUGCUAAGCUAAAUUAGGGCAGAAAAUAUUACAUUAAAACUUGAAUUUAAAUGCUCAAAACAUCAUGUCAAAGCGGGUCCACAAUUCAGAACUGCUGGAUUCACACAGGCAGCUGUGUUUCAAGCAAAAACAAACCAUUAUACCAUUAUAACCAAGCCAAUUCAAUUUAGGAGCUCAAGCUGUGUGCACACUCCAGCCACAGAUUGAGUUAUUGUUUUGAGUAUAAUUUCAAUAAAACAUUAGGUUUUAUAUCAGUUAUUUCACUUAUCUCAUGGGGUCUUAAAAUUGAAUAUUGUUACAUUAAUAAAUAACAUCAAUGUCUGUUCAUUCUUCACGUCCAGUAUAGACUGUCAGGUUACAUACAGUAUGUGCAGUAAUGGCAGCUUUCUUAGUGACGCUAAUGGACAAAUUAUUCCAAUGAAUCUAGCUAGUAUACAGCACAUUAAAAAAUUACCUCCAAAAGACAAUGUCCACGUGUUUAGCAAGUCAAACAAUAUUAUACUUCAUUGUGAAAUGAUAAAAGUUACUGAUAUUGGCCCAAAAUUAUAGAAAAUAAAAAUAAUUUAUUCCAAAGAAUAACAAGUAUUAAUUCUUAUGUUUGACUCAUUUGCACAUUUUAAUGUCAAAAAUAUCUCAACAAUAGAAAAAUAUAUAUAUAACAGGAGUUAAUCAUUUGAGUGUACCAACUUAUGAGCACUAGUUCAGUUUUAUUCUCACAGGAUAAAAUAAGUGUCCUCCAGUUCAUUUGCAGCAUUGUCCCUUAAAUCUAUCUGAAUAUUUCAUUCAGUAAACUACAACUCAGACCACCUACAAACCGAUACAAGAAGCUCAUUAGUGGCUCUAGUUGAUUCCAAUUUUAGCUGCCAUUUCAUCUGAAAACCCAAUAACAGUGCAACAAGUAUAAAAUAUUGUUUUGUUUGUUUCACUGUUGGUGGCUCUUAAAGUGAAAAAAUAAAACUUGAAGUGGCUGAUUUUCUCUUACCCAGUAUAAGAAUCGACUCUUCUAUUGUUUUGUGAUCCUGUAGCUUGGACUUUAAGGUAGCAUGGCUCUGUUGCUGUAAUUUCAUUUUAUCUCAAACUGACAGCAGUUUACAGCUGAUGAAUGUUACACAUCUUAGUAGACUAGCUUAUCCAUUUGGGGAGAGGGGAGGGGUCUUGGUUUAAGAAAAAAAAAUAAUCAAAAAAGAAAAAAAGUCAACCUGGAAGGUGUUGACAUUUGUAGUGUACUACCGUAUCCAUUUAAACUUGAAUCUUGAGGCAAGUGCUAGGCAAUGGCCAAACAUUUAUCCCAUCCGUUCUGGGGAAAAUCCCACCCUGAAACCGCACGCACUUAUGAGAUUUCUGUCGUCUGGGAUUCAAAUCUGUUUUAUGAAUAUGAGCAACUGUCUCCCAAAAAGCUGGGACAUCAGACAAGGACUGUUUCGGCCUCCGCUCCAUUUCCAAUUAAUUAGACUGACUUUGAAGGCUCAUUGAACGUUCUUGAGCAUUUAUACCCAAAAGAGGCUUUUUCAUAGUGGUGCUAAUGGUUUUAAACCAGACAAUGUGCCCUUAUCUCUGAGAGAUACUGGAUACUGUCACAGUGACCACAAAGUUAGUCUCCCAGUCCCACAAAGUGACUCUCUACCAUAACACCACCAUUUAUAGUGUCAGCUCUCUUGUUCCAGGGUUUAACAAAGAUUGCUUCAUGUUCACAAAUCUAGACUGAACUCUUCAAGGUGACAGAAAUAGCACAAGUUCAACUGUACUGUCGUCGUUUGAGGGUGAAUUUCCCCUUCAGUCCAAACCAUUGCCAUCUCACCCAUGCUCAUUAUUAAAUAUAUACAUACAGUUGCAAUAUAUAUGUGUAUAGAUGAAUAUAUACUUGCAAUUUUCACUCAUUUGAACUGAACAAUGUUAGACUGGAGACCUCAGCUGUAUACAGAAUACUACACACAGCUUACACCCAGGUUCAUAUAGUCGAACCCGUCAUUAUUAGCUUAUGUUCACCAACACGAGAGUUCACCCCUGGCGUGUUGUCGAGUUUGGAGCAGACCGCAUGGCCUAGAGGGGAGCCUGGAAGCUCUUCAGACUGCAUGGACGGCAGUGUGUGAGGCUCUGCUGUGCUUCCAUGUUUCUGCAGGCUGAGCACAGAGCUCUCUUCACUGCUGUCUGCCCAUUCCUAACACUUGCCCCUUUUUUUUAUGUUAACCGACUUUUUAUGGCGAGAGACAGACAGACUUGACUGACAUCUGAAAGCAUCUUUCAGGUUAUCAUAUGGCUUGCUUAAGCCCUGUUGUAAAAUAUACUAAAAAAAAUAAUAAUGAUAAUAAUAAUGGAUGGGGGUCUCUCACAUAUCAAAUGUGGAAAGUCUAAUUUUAUAUUUGUAUUUUCAAAUAAUAAUAUUGACAAAAAAUGUCUGUGAAAGGUUUCCAUCCUCUACUGUGGUCCAGAAAUUGAUGUGUCUGUCUGGAAAAUAAAUAAAAUAAACUGAAUUGUUAUAUUA